UUGAAACCCAGUUUAUUUCAUAUAAGCGACAGGCAGCUUCUAGGAACGAGCCACAAGUACCACGAGGUCAAAUUUCACUAAAGAAAAGCCCUAGUGCGCUACAAGUAACUUCGCCUAUGUCCAAUUUCCUUAUUGACGAUAGAAUGCAAGAUCUCCGUGGACUUGGACCGGAAGAUAUUAUCCAGUUGGGUCUUCUCUGUGAGCAGCAACUGAAAGUCAAGCAAAGUAUUGCCUGCUUUAACUACUUGACGCAUUCUCCACCCGAUUUUGUGGAUAAAGUAUCUUGGUGGCUCAAAAUUGCACCUACGUUAGAGCAAUCAGGGAAGUUCGAUAUAGCUAAGAAAAUGUACAAGCUUGUACUGGAGAGAAAUUCCGAGAACGUAGAAGCCAUGAAAAAUCUUGGACGGUUGUACCACCAGGAGGACACAUCUCAAGAAAAUCAAGAUCGGGCAAUUAGAUAUCUCGAAAGAGCCGUGGCACUCGACAAAGGCAAUACUCAAAGCUGGUACCUGCUUGGGUGCUCUUAUUUAUCAAGGCAAUUUCUUUUUAAAGCGCAUGAAGCUUUCCAACAAGCGAUCUAUCGGGACCAGAAGAAUGUCGACUGCUGGGCUAGCUUGGGAGCGCUAAACGUGAAGAUGAAGCGCUAUAAAGAAGCUCAGAACUCUUACGAUACAGCAAUAAAACUGGAUCGGAGGCGAGUAGAGUCUUGGGUUAACCUGGGUAAUCUGAUGCGGCAAUUAGGCCAGAUCCCAAAGGCUAUUGACAGUUUCAAAGUGGCUUCUAAUUUAGAUCCGUCCAAUGCUGAGGUUCAAAAAUACUUACGGGAGUUGAUUGAUGCUAGUGACGGGCAAUGAGGGAAGAUAACUGAAGCAUACAAUGGAGGCAUUUGGUUUGAUUAUGAUCAACACUUUCCGAAGACAGUCCUUCCCUUUGCAUGUCACUCCUUUAUUCGAAUACACUUGACAGAAGCCUGAAGCAUGCCGUGAGCCAGGCAAGCUGUUGACCUAAAUCAAUGAGUUUAUCUAAUGGCUCAACGGCUCUGGUAGCUGUAGGUGUAUAGUGUUACGAACUUCUCUCACCUCUGGCG